AUGCUGGACUUCUUUGUCAUCCUGAGCAGGGGUGGCAUUGUAUUAUGGUACAUUAAAAACACGACGGAAUGCAUUAAAACGACAAUAAAUACAUUCCUAAAAUCUCUUAUACUUAAAGAGAAUAUUGGUAAUGCUGCGUUUGUGCACGAAAGCUUUGCAUUGAAACACUUAAUGGAUAACGAAUUCGAUUUGUUGUUUAUUGCGGGAUAUCAGCAGGUUCUUCAACUCAGCUAUGUGGACAAGUUCUUAACGAUGAUUGCCUUGGAAUUUCGAGAUAAGUACAAAAAUGAUCUGCUAGAAAAGAACCUUUAUGGGUAUUUUGAGGGUUUUCGUUCCUGCUUUGACUCCAAUUUGCGUGCAGUUGAAGAGGAAUCGCGAAGGUCCAGCAGGCCUGCCAAGUAUUUAGAACGAAACCGUAGGUCAAUGCGAACAUUUGCCGAUUCUGAAAAAUCGAAGAAAACUAUUGCGUCAAUGAUCGUCAACAAGGAUAAGCAGGGAGCUAAUUCAACUGACAAACCUAGUGUAAUCCACAGGUCCACUCCACCCCCUCUUUCGGAGUCAAACGUCGACCACUCUCUUCAACCUAAAAAGGUUAAUUUACUCUCCCCGAAAGCUCGUAUGGCUAAAAGCCGCAAACUCAAGGAAAGUUCCACUCCCUCAGAUUCACCCACCUGUCCUAAGCCAGGAAAAAAGGGGAAAGUGAAUCGUCGUUGGACCAAUGAGGCGACGGGUGCUGAAGCCGCCGCCCUCGACUACAGCGCUGGUGCUACUUCUAACGGUGUGUCGGAGAGUGAAAAUCAGAAUGGUGGGGAUAAAGUGAUUGGCCAAGGACUGAGACUAACUGCCAGUGAGGCUGAAAGCCUAGCCAAACUCCGAGGGACUCUUCAGGAGGGCUUCGACCAGUUAGAAGUUUCAUCCGAUGAGAAUGAGGAAGAUGAAAUACCAAGUUUUGAGGAAGAUGGGCAGUCGCUGACACGGCCACAUGCUGAAAAUGGAACCACAAAGUCCUCCGGCUUUUUGUCGGGCCUCAUUCAAAACUUGAAAACAACAGCCACAGGCCGUGUGCUUACACACGAAGACAUAAAAAAGCCUCUGGAGCAGUUGCGUGAUCAUCUAGUGCAUAAGAACGUUGCCUACGAAAUAGCGAACCGCCUCUGCGAUGGUGUGGCCGAACGCCUUGUAGGAGUACAACUAGGUCGUUUCGAACGUGUCGGUCCGCGGGUCCGCGCCGCCCUGGAGGAGGCCUGCACCCGUCUUCUUGCAUCUGGUCGUCGUGUUGAUGUCUUGCGUGACGCACUCGAAGCACAACAAUCAAGAAAACCGUAUGUCAUCGUCUUUUGCGGUGUAAACGGCGUCGGUAAAUCGACAAACCUAGCCAAAAUUGCCUUCUGGUUGAUCGAGAAAAACUUGAAGGUCCUUAUAGCUGCCUGUGAUACAUUCCGUUCUGGUGCUGUGGAGCAGCUUCGGACUCAUGUACAGAAACUGAACUUCAUCCAUCCUCCUGAACGUCAUGAUGGCCACACAAUGGUCGAGUUGUUCGAAAAGGGCUAUGGGAAAGACGCCGCCAGCAUUGCCAUGUCGGCUGUUUCUUAUGCCAAGGAUCGUCACCUUGAUGUAGUUUUGGUCGACACAGCUGGUCGGAUGCAAGACAAUGAACCACUCAUGCGAUCGCUUGCCAAGCUAAUAAUUGUAAACGAACCAGAUUUAGUUCUGUUCGUUGGCGAGGCUUUGGUCGGAAACGAAGCAAUUGAUCAACUUGUGAAAUUUAACCAAUCCUUGGCCGACUUCAGCAGCACUGCAAAGCCCCACACCAUUGAUGGCAUCGUGCUCACAAAAUUCGAUACCAUCGAUGACAAGGUUGGGGCUGCUGUUUCGAUGGCACAUAUAUCAGGUCAACCAAUUGUCUUCGUGGGAACCGGUCAGACAUAUUCGGAUUUGCGUCAAUUUUCUGUGGCUAGCGUGGUUAAAGCUCUCAUGAAGUAG